GCUUUUUCCAAUGAAUACCGUUUUGUUUGUUUUUGAAACUUAAAUGAAUUGAAAAAAUCGAGUUUUGUAAAUAAAGAAAGUUUCAAAAUCGAUCCUAAACACGACUUUAAAGCCCUAAGAGAAGUUGGUUUGAGGAAAACUUUUCAAAAAAAAUUCUUUAUUGAAUAAAUGUGUAUAUGUGUGAGUGUGUGUAUUAGUGGAGAAUCGUGCGUGUAUGUGUGUUGCCACUGCCAUUGCCACCGAACACAGUGUGAUGCCAUGUUGGGCUUUUGAUCCCAAAAUGCUACUUUAGUAGACCACGGUGCUAAGUUUUUCUCUCCUCAAUUUUUUUGGAAUAUUUCGUGAACGUUUUGAAUUGCUCUUAUGGAAUACCCUCGAAUGGAUUUUGGAUUUUAACAAAAAUCACACAAAAACUAUCUAUCAACAGAGUACUCACUGUUUUUUUAAGAGAUAGAGGCUUCUGGUUACAGUGGAGAAACCGCACCGAUCGUCCCACACACACGUGAAAUGCGGUAAAGCGCGAUCAUGCCAACCGAGAAGUCAAUAAUUGAACAUGGAAGUGUGCCAUUGGUGCGCACUUCACGAAUGGAACAGUUCCUGCAAUCGCCAACUGGCUCAAAUUCCAGUUCGGAUGUGCAGCGCACAUCGUCCGGGGGCCGUGGAUCGUCAGCGUCUCUGGCGACUGGUUCGUCCUAUGAGUCACAACUCGCCUACCAACACCAUUUAGCGGCAGCGGCGGGCAUCAUCAACUCAUCCGGCCCCCAAUCCAACCAUCACCGAGAGAUAUCCGCGUUCGUGCCAGUUCUUCCGUCAAGGAACCUCCGUGGUCCGGGUGCCCUCUAUUCGGGAAUCAUGGAUGGACCAGACAAAGAUGUGGCGAAACGAGGUUCCAGCUACGAAAUAAUCGCUAUGAUGGCCGACAAGCGCAAGGAACUGGCACUGCGAGAAGCUGCAGCUGCUGCAAUGCUUUUACCCCGCCCUGGUCAGGGCCCCGGUGGGCCCCCCACAGUCAUGUACUCUCCAGCGUAUCUUGGCGGACCUGGUCCAUCGCCAACAUCGGCGGGCUCAUUUCCCUUUCCACCUUCGGCUGGUGCCAGUGGACUCUUCCCGCCAGGAGUCCCGCCCAGCAUGCAUGCCGGUCUGGAUCGCAGACUCCUGCGAGCACCUGGACGUGCGUCGCGACCCAAGAAGCAGUUCAUAUGCAAAUUCUGUAAUCGCCAAUUCACAAAGUCAUACAAUCUGCUCAUCCACGAGCGCACGCACACCGACGAGCGACCGUACUCCUGUGAUAUUUGCGGAAAAGCAUUCCGUCGCCAGGAUCAUCUGAGGGAUCAUAGAUACAUUCACUCGAAAGAAAAACCAUUUAAAUGCACCGAAUGCGGCAAGGGUUUCUGCCAAUCACGAACACUGGCUGUUCACAAGAUUCUCCAUAUGGAAGAAUCACCACACAAAUGCCCAGUUUGCAGCAGAAGUUUCAAUCAACGUUCAAAUCUCAAGACACAUCUGUUGACCCACACCGAUCACAAGCCUUAUGAAUGUUCUUCAUGUGGCAAAGUGUUUCGACGGAACUGCGAUCUACGGAGACAUGCGUUGACGCAUGCUGUCGGAGAUGUCCCUACAGAAGUAUUAGAUGUUGGAGAGGAGGAUGGCCAAAAUGGCAGCGAUGACGAAGAAGAUUCACUACUCGAGGUGGAUUCACCUCGACAAUCACCCGUCCAGCGGCACAGAUCUCCGUCUCCUGAAAAUAACGCGCCAGAAGUUGAAGUGGAAACCAUCUUGAAUUUAGAAGAAAAAACUGCUGGCGUAACGCAGAGUAACGAAAAUGGAAACAAUAUUGAUGGUGAUUUGGAAGAUCAGGAAGAUGAUGAGCCCGAGGAGAAUGAUGAUGAAAUCGACGAAGAAGAAGAACGGUUUCUUCAACAACUUAAUGCAGAAAAGCGUCGAGAACGUGAAGAGGCAGUAACGCACUGCCAUCAUGAAGGUGGGGAAACCUAUACCAUGCGUCCCAACUUCUCCGACAAGGACAGAGAGUACAAUGACUUCCUUUGUAGUACCCAGUUACCACAUUUAUAUGGGCCAUCAAUGAAUCCUCAUACCCAUCUUCCUGCCAGACCACCCUUAAUAUCGGGUCUUGCCCAGUCCAUUCACUCGCCUUCAUCUCACAAACCACCCGAACCGUACAUUCCAAUGUUACAUGUCCGCAGAGAUUUGCAUCACCAUAAGAACUCUUCAACCCCACCAGUAAACACCGAUACCUUAAGUAGUCACUCGGCUCUAGACUCUAUGCCGAGUUUCCUUGGAUCGAUUCCCAUUCGCAAGAGACCAAUAGGGUUGGAUGGUGAGCCGCAUUUAAGGUCACCACAAUUCACUAGCCACAGUCAUAUGGCUAUCAACAUGAGUCGACAAAAUCAUCCGCUCAUGAAGCCACCUAAAGAAGAUAUACCGUUGCAUGAUAUGGCCCCACCAACUUUAACAACGAAACUCCAUCACCCACCAAUUUUACACCCAGCAACGGUGACGUCACAGAUUUUGAUCGAACCCGGCCCUCCUCCCGAAAUGUCAAUGCAUGUCAGUCCUGCUCCAAGUGGUCCACUGGCACCACCAUCAGCUCCAGGACCACCUCCGCCGCAACAAGUCCCCAGGGCUCCCAAUCAUCAGCCGCCACAACCACCACCAAGACGAACAGGCUUUAGUAUAGAAGACAUCAUGCGGCGCUGAAAACGCACCACCACCGCCACAUUCCAAUUAGCGACCUACAGAUUAGGCGGCUAGCCAACUUCUUAGCUUAAGUUAAAAAAAAAAACCUAUUAGAUAUGUGAUUCAAAAUUCAUCUGUUUACAUUUUAAUGAUCUACCCUGUAAGCCAAGCUCCUUAAUUGUACUUUUGCAUUUAGAUUAAGAAUAUAUUGAAAAAAACAAAAAAAAAACCUUUAAAUAGCUUUUAAGUUUUUAGAUUUAAGAGAAUCUUCAUAUAAAAAUAAGGCUUGCCAAACACUAAGUGUUUAUAAUUAAUUUACAUUAUUUUGUAUUAUCUUCCUAGCAAAGGGGCAAUAUAAUCACACAAGAUACCCUUUGUCUCCAAGUUUUAGCUAUUUUAUUUGUUAAGUUUAAAAUAAGUUCUUAAUUUUUUUUUUUUUUUUGGGUGAAAAUGUUGUAAACGAGCAAUGUAUGAUUAGGUUUAAGUUUUUUUUAUUAAGUAUUAAGGUAUAUAUUUUUUUAUAUUUUGUAAUUUUUAGAUAAAAAAAAAUCAGGCUUGGAUAAAGAGUCUCUCGAAAGUAUUUUAUUUUUGCCUCUGUGAACUUUUAAAGUUUUAUUUUCGUUUCUUCCUUU